CGCUGCGGGCUUCCCGGCUCCCCGCUGCCCCCGGCACCCGGGCGGGCCAUGCGCCCGGGCUAGAGCUUAGCCGCCGGCAUGCCGCUCUCACUGCUGCUUGCCGCGCUCUGCCUCGCUGCCUCCCAGGCGCCCGCGCGAGCCUGCCAGCUGCCUUCAGAGUGGAGACCCCUGAGCGAAGGCUGCCGCGCCGAGCUGGCCGAGACCAUCGUGUAUGCCAAGGUGCUGGCGCUGCACCCCGAGGUGCCCGGCCUCUACAACUACCUGCCGUGGCAGUACCAAGCUGGAGAGGGAGGGCUCUUCUACUCCGCGGAGGUGGAGAUGCUGUGUGACCAGGCGUGGGGCAGUAUGCUGGAGGUGCCCGCUGGCUCCAGGCUCAACCUUACCGGUCUGGGCUACUUCUCCUGCCACUCCCACAUGGUGGUCCAGGACUACUCCUAUUUCUUCUUUGUAAGGAUGGAUGAAAAUUACAAUCUCUUGCCGCACGGAGUCAAUUUCCAAGAUGCCAUCUUUCCAGACACACAGGAGAACAGAAGGAUGUUUUCCAGCCUUUUCCAGUUUGCUAACUGUUCCCAAGGGCAGCAGCUGACAACUUUCUCGAGUGACUGGGAGAUCCAGGAAGACAACAGGAAAAGAGGCAGGUGCAGCUGCCCUCUGAGAGGCCCAAUCAGCAGCUGACUGACACAGAAGCAGAUACUUACACCCAACAAUUGGACUGAUGUUGGGAACACCAAUGGUUUAAUUAGGGAAGGAUUGAAGAAGCUGGAAGGGUCUUUAUGAAGAUCACCAUUCUCAACUAAUCCAGACCCCAAGGAGCUACCAGAGCCUGAGCCACCAACCAGGAGCACAGAAAAGCUCGUCCAAGGCCCCUGGAACAUAUGUAGCAGGGGUCUGCCUGGUCUAACAUCAGUGGGAGAUGAUGUGCUGAAACCUUGAUGGACUUGAAGCCCCAGGAAAGGUGAGGCCUGGUGGGGGAACCACCCUCUCUGAGGCAAGAGGGAGGAGGAAUGGAAUGAAGCAUAAGAGGAGGACUGA